UUGUUUUCAGUGCGAGUUAUGGAGUUGAGUAAAGGAAAGGAAGCAGCACUGUUGUCCUGGAUAAACAGCGUUUGUCCAGUGGAGCCUAUUGCAAAAAUUAUUCAUGUGAAAGAUGGACAUCAACUCCGGAGGUUUACCUACAAAGUACAGGGGAAAGUGCCCUGUGAAACCAUGUUUGUGCCACCGUUUUCUGAGACGAUGGAAAUCAUCAUCAACAUACUGCAGGAUGACUUUUAUUUCAGCAGAAGACAAAGUUCCCUCAUCUCACAGAAGAUCAGUCAAGAAAUUGACCUGGAGCUUCAGCUCGCCAAGGUGCUUCUUGUGCUCUGUUAUUGUGGUUUUAAAGAAAACAACUUUGUUCCUGACUUAGAUGUGAAGUCCGAGCUGAUGAUGGCAUCCAUGUUUCGGUUUGUUAAAGACGAUGUAGAUGGUCUGUCUUUAGAUGAAGGCCUAGAUAAGUUUCUGACCAAAGACUCUGUUUUAAAUUUAUCCUCCAGCAGCGAGAGCAGUAUCGACUCGCCAUUUUUCACCGGUGAUGAGUCUUGGUUCUUCGGCCCUCACAGGGUGCAGUAUCAGAGGCUGUUGACAGUGGCCUGCACCUCGGUCAGCUCUCCGGUGCAGGACACAACGAGCACGCCGCACUUCCAGUUGGAAAGGCUCCGGAAAGAACUGGCACGUGUGGGCGACGUGAGGGACGAACUGGAGAAAGAACUGGCCAAUCAGAUCAGCAUCAUCUCAGAGAAAGAGGGUGUCAUCUCUCAGCUGCAUCACAGGCUGAAUUGUCUGCUGUGGAAAACGGGAGAAAUAGAGACGGACCAUAAUGCCAGAGUGCUAGAACUCCAGGAAAAGAAUGACAGUCUUGUCCAAAGAGUGCAUGAGGUUGUAAAACAAUGUCAAGAUUUUAAAACCAGCAGCUCUCAGAAAGGGAAGAAGAUUGAUGAGCUGACGGAGGAGAAUGUGACUCUUGUUUCUCAGGUGCGAAAUUCUUUCGCUCAGCUGGCGAGAGCCGAGGAGGAGAUUGCUAAACUCACACUGGCUCAUGAAAUGUCACAGUCUGUAUGGAAGGACAAGAGAGAGUUUUUAGAGAAAGAGUUGAGUGAGGCCUUCACACACAAGGAGGUCCUGAGUGAACACGUUCAGAUUCUUCAGGGAAAGAUCUCAGUCCUGGAGGAUGAACUUCAGAAAGCUCAAUCUCAGGAGAGCGGAGAGGUUCUGGGACCCAGUUUGGAGGCAUUGACCAAAAUCGAGAGCCUCCAAACCCAAAUUCUGGAACUGACAGAGCAAAUAUCCACAAAGGAUAAUGAAAAGACACAUCUGAAAAAAGAGUGUGACUCUUUAGACCAUGAGCUGAAGCUUGUCAGGGAACAAAACAUUAAAAUAAACAAUACACUCAAAAUCGUUCGUAAAGACCAUGAGGACACUAUGAAGAAACUGCAGCAGGAUCUUUGCUGUGCCGCUGUGACUGCAUCAAAGAAACAAGAGGAAGUGUUGGUGCUGUCAGCUGAAGUAACACGUCUGAAAGACUACAAUGAAAACAAACUCCAGAAGCAACAGGAGUUUUCUGUUUUAGAGGCCGAACACAAAGUGAUGAAGAAAAACAUGACGUCUCUUCAAAACCGGUUAACUAAAGCUACGACUGCGCAGAAAGAACCUGAACUCACCUCGCUUCAACAGCAGCUUUGCCAUCAAGAAACCCUGAGAAAAACCGCUCAGGAUUUCGAGACAGUCAAGUGUGAAGAGUUUAAACGCAAGGUGAGUGAACUUCAGGCCAAAAUCCUGGAGGUCUCCUCUCUUGCCUCAGAGAGAGAAGCUCGUGUUAGUUCUCUUCAGGAUGAGAUGAAGAGUCAAGAGAGGCUUCGAGACAAACUCAAGUUGAAGGUGGAGAAACAAAGUGACUCCAUCCUUGCUCUUAAAAUUAUCGCCAGAAAAUGGGAGCAGCAGUGUAAAGAGCUUCUGGAGAAGCUGAAGAUGAUGUCGGAGAGAUUGCAACAGUACAGCGAUAACAAACACCAGCUGACGGAGGCUCAGGAGAUGAACAAGUUUCUUGAGAACUCCCUAGAAGCCAGCAGACGAGAAAUCAAAGCUCUGGAGACCGAACUGACGCUGGCUCGCAUGGAACGAGACCAGGAGAAAGCCAAAGUCAAACACUUGGAGACGGAAUUGAACUUUUCUUACGGGCGUCUGAGAGAGAAGAUGAUGAGUGAUGACAUUUACCUCCUCAGAGUCCCAGAGACAUGGCAAGACACCAGCGCUGACAGCUCAGAGUCCGAGUUCAAUGCUGACAGAGAAUGAACUUGAAGACACUGCUGAUGACUGGAUGCGCAUCGCUGAACUGCAGGCGAGGAACAAAGCUUGUCUGCCUCAUCUGAAGAGCAGCUACCCGCUGGAGUCCAG